CACAACUCUGCGCUUUACUGCCGAGGGCCAAGUGGCGAAGGAGGACGUGGCCGCGCGAGAUACAUCAUGGCAGAUAGUCCUCCAGAGAAGAUCCCGCUGACCGUAGCAGCACCGACGACAGUGUCCGAGAGCAUCCAGAUCAAGAAAGAGCCGCAAGGCACCACGAGUACCCGCAAAGAAAGCAUCGGCUGGAUGUCGGACGACCUCAUGGGCAUGAUCACACACACCCCACCGGCGUUUUCACCGGGAAGUUUAACAUUGCCUUCGACCAAGCGCAACCGGAGCGGGAGUAUAUCUGGGCGACUCCUCAGUGCGUCCGACUUGGAGGAAAAGGGCUUUAUCGAUCGGUAUCAAAAGGGCGUCCUCAAGGACUUGAUCAUCAGCGGUGAUGAAAAACUGCAGAAAGCACUCGAAACGUUUGAACAAGGCGACCCCACAGCGUUGGAAGCGCUAUUGGAUAGUGGCGCGUUGAAUCGCAAGUCAUCUGUCGACUUGCUGGACGAUCUGGACCUGGGGUUUCUCAAUGUAGGCUCUUUAGGAGACACCCCGAAAGAAGAUUAUACGUCACGGCAAACCCUCGACGAAUGGGAUGAAAUCGGCUUCGAUUCUGCAUUUGCCGACAUUUCCAACCGAGAUCUCAUGGAUGGCGAAUACUUGGGCUCUUCCCUCGGCAAUUCCCUGCCCAACUCGCUGCCGUCCAUGGGCUUGGGCGGCAUGACCCCUCCAAGCUCAUUUAGCUUUGCCGAGCAUGAUUUCUUGGACCAGUCUUCCAAGUUGAGCACGGGAGCUGAUGGCGUAAAGGUCAAAGCUGAACCGUCGGACGGUCUCCUGUCGACGACUCGUCCGAUCGGGAUUCCUGGUGCCGCUCGCCUGAACGCGUCGGCGUUCCUCAGCGGCACGUUGAACACAUCGGCGGGAGGGCUCUCGGACGCGGAGAAGAAGGCUGCGUUUGUUGGCGCGUACUCGCCAGACUCUCGCCGGAAGCGCGUCGAAAAGUUUCUCGACAAACGACAGAAACGCGUGUGGCGAAAAGAAGUCAAGUACGACGUGCGCAAGAACUUUGCCGACUCGAGAUUACGCGUCAAAGGGCGAUUUGUCAAGAAGGAAGACGAGCAGUUGCUGCGAGAGUUGCUCAGUUUUACAUAGACCGAACGCGUUGUACAUCCUGUUAACGAACCACUGCAGCCGUCUCCCAUGUCGACGGUGUCGAAGAAGGUCGCGAUGGCCAGUCGUUCAGUCGUUCACAUCGAUCUCGUUCCCCAUCGCGACGCACUUAGUCGUCGACGGACACUGGCAUUCCCUCGACAGGCAGUUUUCCAG